CUCAAUGGCUUGUUUAAGUCCAUUUCGUUGUAGUUUUGUUGUCUUAUAGCAGGGGACUUGGAUGUUUUUUUUGUAGGGGUUGUUGUUUUUCUCAUAGGGCAAGCAUCCUUUCAUUAUGUUCUCGACAGUGAGAGUAAUACGCGACCUACAAUGGCAUUUGGUGCGACGAGUUCUUAUCUGGAUUGGGCUCACGGAUCAGGUGGCGCUAUACUAGUGGAGAUUUAUUUGACUAUUUCUUCUUUUGCUUUUUUUUUCCUAGCACUUGUACUCGUAGGUUGUACUACAGAGCUACCCAUUUGGAGACUUCUAUGACUCUUUCAUUGGCAGUUCAAGUAGUGGUCGACUGUCACAUUUGGUUGCUGAGUAAUUGUAAUACCUAUUUCGGUAUUUAUCUAUGGGAGAAAAAAAAAUGAUAACGGGCUUUUUCACUAAGAAGGAAGCUGAGACUAUUUACAAUUUGGAAUAAAGCCUUGGAAUAACAGACUCUCAGUAUCCUCUGCCGCUGACCGCUGAAUUCCCCCCACUCAUCGCUCAGCUCUGGAAAUCCCCACCGCCGGCGAAGUCGAAUUCCCACCACCGCAAAAACGGCACGCUCCUCCGCUGCAGCAAGCAUUAAACACCAUUGGUUAGAUCCUGCCCCUUCUUUAAAUUAUCAGUUUCUGUGUUAGGAUUUAAAUUCCUCGUCUCGGUGACGGCCAUCCAUAGAAUUAUUUGGUUAGUCCGUGAAAUAGAAAUGAAUGGGGGCAACUGCGGACGCCAUGCGACUGUGUUGAGAAGCUUGGGUAUCUAAUAUCUAUUGGGUAACGAAGAAAUGUUCUUUCGUAAUUGUCUUAGUAGCAAAGAUUAAUCCCCCUUCGAGCCCACCUAGAGAGUCCGAUCCUUUGGAAGUAUAUAAUAAAUGCUGCUCCAUCGUUUGAUUUUUACUGGGCGAACAGAAUCGACCCUAGUUGCCAUGGGGGAGCUGGCAGCUGAUAAGCACGUUAAGUACAUCCUGGCAGUGGAGAAGAGAAAGGAUAGUUUUGAAUCUGCUGUGCUGGAGCACUUGCGAAUGAAUGGGGCUUAUUGGGGGUUGACCACCUUGGAUCUGCUAGGCAAGCGUGAUGUGGUAGACUCCAAUGAGAUUAUUGAAUGGAUCUUGAAGUGCCAACAUGAGUCCGGUGGAUUUGCUGGUAAUAUUGGGCAUGAUCCACAUAUACUGUAUACCCUGAGUGCCAUACAGGUUUUGGCCCUUUUUGACAAGCUUAAUGUUCUUGAUGUCGACAAAGUGUCUACUUAUAUUGCUGGACUGCAAAAUGAGGACGGAUCCUUUUCUGGUGACAUCUGGGGGGAAGUGGAUACCCGGUUUUCCUAUAUUGCCAUAUGUGGUCUCUCCAUAUUGAAAUGCUUGGACAAGAUAAAUGUGGAGAGAGCUGUAAACUACAUCAUAAGUUGCAGAAAUGUAGAUGGUGGAUUUGGAUGUACACCUGGUGGCGAGUCUCAUGCUGGACAGAUAUUCUGUUGUGUGGCUGCCCUUGCCAUUACGGGAGCUCUACACUACGUUGACAAGGACCUCCUUGGAUGGUGGCUGUGUGAGCGACAAGUGAAAUCUGGUGGCCUGAAUGGCAGACCCGAGAAGCUCCCAGAUGUUUGCUAUUCAUGGUGGGUUCUUUCUAGCUUGACCAUGAUUGAUAGAGUUCAUUGGAUUAGCAAAGAGAAGCUUAUCAAGUUCAUUUUGAACUGUCAGGACACGGAGAAUGGAGGAAUCUCAGAUAGACCUGACGACGCAGUUGAUAUCUUCCAUACAUAUUUUGGUGUUGCUGGACUGUCUCUGCUUGAAUAUCCAGGAGUGAAACCUAUAGAUCCAGCUUAUGCCUUGCCCGUUGAUGUCAUUGAUCGAAUUUUCUUCAGCAAAUAAUUUACACGCAGAGUAAGUUUAACCAUAGGAAACAGUAAACUUAUCAAUUUCUCUGCAAUCUCCAUUGUAAUGAACUCUACCAAUAGCAUCUUUCCUCGAGAGGUCUUUGCACAUUUGCCACAGAGGGCGGCUGUUGGUAUCUUGGUAUUUGAGACAUUUUUCCUCUGCACAGAUACUGUCGUGUUAACUUGGUAUCCUUGAAAAACAUUUUUGAACUCUGUUGACACUGACGAUUCAUGUGCUUUGAGAACACAACAAUAGUAGGAAGAUGUUUAUCGAACAUGGAGAAGAUGGGUGUUAUCGGAACCCACAAAUGUUGCUCCCUCUCUCCAAAGCCUGGUCCGAACCCCAGAAAGCAAAUUUGCCUGUUCUUGGACCAGCGCUUGGCAACCAAGUUUCGCCGUAUUCAAGGCUAUUUUCAUCAUGGAUUAAGUCUCAAUCAAAUAAACCCCUCAAU